AUGGUAUGGAUCCAUGGCGGUGCUCUCAUCUCUGGCUCAGCUUCUGCUUAUGAUGGCUCGAUAUUGUCUGCAUCUGAGAACGUGGUGGUGGUCACUGUCCAGUACAGGCUGGGCAUUCUUGGAUUCUUUAGCACUAAUGAUGAGCAUGCACCUGGCAACCAGGGUUACAUGGAUCAGGUAGCUGCCCUACAGUGGGUCCAGAAGAACAUCGCCCACUUUGGAGGAGAUCCUGGCCGUGUGACCAUCUUUGGAGAGUCUGCAGGGGGAACCAGCGUCUCCUCACAUGUUCUGUCCCCCAUGUCCAAAGGCUUGUUCCACAGAGCAAUCAUGGAGAGUGGUGUGGCCAUCCUUCCUGGAUUGAUUGCUUCCAAAUCUGAUGCAGUUACAAAUUUUGUUGCCAAUCUGUCUGCUUGUGAGACAUCCAGUUCUGCCUCCAUGGUUCAGUGUCUUAGAAGCAAAACUGAGAAGGAAAUGCUGGCCAUGACCAAGCAUUUCAAGAUAAUCCCUGGAGUAGUUGAUGGGAAAUUCUUGCCCAGGCAUCCUGAAGAGUUGUUGGCUGCAGGAGAGUUCCACCGUGUCCCUUGCAUCAUAGGUGUCAAUAACCAUGAAUAUGGUUGGAUUAUUCCUUCCGAAUUGGGCGAUUCUAUUGUUAAAGAAAACAUGGAUAAAGGAGAAAUCCAGUCAACAGUUCUAGGUCCACUCUUGGGUAUUCCUCCUGAGCUUGGCCGUUUGAUGAUUGAGGAAUAUUUAGGAGACAUUAAUGAUCCUAAAGAACUUAGAGUUCGGUACCAGGAAAUGAUGGGGGACUUGAUGUUUGUUAUUCCUGCCCUCAAAGUGGCCAAAUAUCAACACAGUUCCAGCUCUCCAGUCUACUUCUAUGAAUUUCAGCAUCGACCAAGCCUGUUUAAAGACAGCAAGCCAGAUUUUGUGAAAGCAGACCAUGGCGAUGAGCUGCUUUUUACCUUUGGAUGGUCUGUUUUAAGUGAUACCACUGAAGAGGAAAAAGUCCUGAGCCAUAAGAUGAUGAGCUAUUGGGCUAACUUUGCCCGCCAUGGGAACCCAAAUGGUGCCAACUUAUUGCAAUGGCCAGCCUAUGACCAGAAUGAGAAGUAUAUGCAGCUGAAUUUGCAGUUGUCUGUGGGAAAGAACCUGAAGAAGGAUAAGUUAGAGUUCUGGACCAAGACUGUACCACAGAAGAUGAAGGAGUCACUGCUCCAAAAAGGCCGAAUGGAGUUGUGA